AUGGAAAGGCAAAAUACCGAUGAAGACAAGAUAAAACAUUUGAGUUUUGAGAUGUAUUGUCGUAUAUUACCAUUGAGAAACCAUGAACAUCGAAAGUCAAUCAAACUCGUUAGUGAAAAUCAGUGUCGAUCUAAUCUCGAUACUGGAGCAAAUUUCAAAUUUUCAAAAAUCUUUGGCGAAGAGGAUACAUUACGUGCUAUAUUUGAACGUUAUACACAAUCUUCUAUAGCGGAUUUAAUUCGUGGUCAAAAUAAUCUUCUCAUUGUGAGUGGACGAAAAAAAGCAGGAAGAAGUGAUGUCUUAUUUGGUACAAAAUCGAAUCCAGGUAUUAUUCCAUUAAGUCUUGAUACGUUAUACAAUUCAAUUAAAGAUCGAAUAGCCAAUAAAUACCAUUUCAAGAAAGUUGGCACAGAAUUUCGUAUACAAACCGAUGCUGAAGCCAUGCUUGACCGUCAAACAAAAGAUUUAUUGCCAAAAAUCCGGCACGAUGUUGGUGGUAAUAUAACAACAAUCACCGACAGAUCACUCAUAUUAAAUGACACAGCGAAUGUUUCUGGAUUAAUUGAAGAGAAUGUCUAUGCUGUUUUAUUAUCUUGUAUUGAAACAACAUCGUCGACAGAUCUAAUGAAAACAAUAACCACAAAGGUUAAUGAACGAUCGACCGAAUUAUUAACAAUCGAUAAUUCGGUUGAGAAAGAAAUUGAUAAUUUAAAGACAGCCAGACGUCAAUUCAGUGAUAUUGCUAAAUUACCAGCUAAUGAACGGUAUCCAGUUCGAGCCUACACAAUUCGUCUUGUACAGGCAAAAGAAACUGAAAGCACAUCGAUUAGCAAACCAACUGUAAGCCAAUUGACAAUAAUCGAUCUUCCAACGCGUGAUGAUAAUGAAAACUCAGAUGAUUUCUCGGUUCUUAAACAUUGUUUAAUGGAAAGAAAUCCUGAUUCGAAACAACACAAUAUGCAGAACGAUCUGAGAUGGGCCAUGUCUCUAAAUGCUCGACCACAACUUAAUCGACAGGAAGAAAAGAUUGACGAACAACGAACAUAUGUCACAACGACGACAGCAUUCAUUUCGACAGGGGAGCAAAAACAGAAGCAACGUCAACCACAACAUCGAGUGGCACCAGUAAAACAGAAUGCACCCUCUUUACCGUUACUAACCCCUCCACCAUCUUCUGGCGGUUGGAAUAAUGCUAAAUCAGAAUCGACUAAAAUUAAUUCUCCUUUACUAACACCAUUAUGCAGACUCGAUAGUCGACAUUCUGAUGCCCAUGGUCAAACCGAUGAUUUGAAAAAUAUGAUAUUAGCUGAAAGUGAUUUGAGUUUAUGGCUAAAUAAAUUAAAAAAAGGAUGUAAAGAAAAUGGUGAACGUGUACAGGAGUUACAUACAAGAGAAAAUACGCUGCGUAAGGAAUUAGCCACAACGUUGUAUGAUAUUAGUGAAUUACGUCGUUUAAACCAGGAAUUUUUAAAUAAUAACGGACAAACUGAUAAAAAUAAAAUGGGAAAUCGUGUAAAUGAUUUAUGGAAACGUAUAUGGGGAUGUGAAGAAGAACUUAAUCGUUUGUAUGAAGAACGUGAUGAUCAACUUGCACAUCGACGCAAAUGUCCAAAUUACGCAAUUUUUGCUCAAACAUUACGUGCAAUAAGAGAAAUGCUCCAUAUCCAGUCAGAAUUACUCAGCAAAACAACAAGAACGCCUAUCACACCAACACCAAAAAGAAAUGGAGCACUGUUACAUCAGUCUCCCGACACCGUAUUUGAAAGAGAUUGUUUAGAAUCCAUUCGAGAUGAUCCAACUACUCCUUGUAGCGCGACCUCAUGGUUUAGUCAGAAUUUUGAUGAGGAAAUUAAAGAGAGGGGAACAAAUAGAAAUUCGGACGCUGUGCCCUUUGAAACAAACCAGCGUUCUAAUCGAAAAGUUGGUUAUGUGAGAAGAACUUCGACAAAAUUGAAUAGUGCCAGUAGCAAUAAUCGUAUGGUACCGACGUCAGAUAAAUCCAGUGUGAGUCAAUUUCAUACACAUUCAAUAGAACAUCCGCAAACACCGAGUACGUCUGUUAAAUAUGGACAAUCAAUUGAGAUGAGCAAUUCAUCUUCUGUACCAAAGAAACCGCCAAGAGCAUCUUGGAAUCAUCGUACACAAUAUGGAGUUUCACCUGCACAAACGCUUUAUUCCAGCAGAUCUCCAAGUGUCCAACAGAAACGAGAUCAAACAACAGGAACAUCAUUAAAUCAACAAAAACGUUCAUUAAGUGUUGAUCGUCGAUUGCCAUUAUCCACUAGCAGUAGUCCUCAACUUGACCGAAAAAGACCAUUUUUCCGAAUACCAUCGAAUUCUUCUGGUCAAAUAUCAAGUAACGAGCGUCAACAACCACCAUCAUUUCUGAACACACAAAAUCAGCGAGAUGUUCAAACAAUGACUGGUAAUACGCUCGCAUCUGGUCGUCAAAUACCAGCAGGUCCCGGUAUUCUUCGUAAAAAGCCUUCUGAUCGUUUUACACCCGAAAAUUAUCUACCAUCAUCACGAUUACCAACUGCUUCCGAUACGCGAGCUAUCUAUGCUACAAUUGAUCAACAAACAACUGCCAAAGAACAAGCAAAUAUCGAUAAAUUGCACACGUCAUCGUUACUGCCACAAUCACAAGAUCAGAUACAGCAACAUCAUCAGUUACGUUCAAGUAGUAUUGAUCGCCGUUCACCAACACGUUUUCUUCGACGUCCUCCACCUUUACCUACUCCAUUACCUUCCACAUCAGCUCCAGAAAUAAUACGUCCAUGUAGACGUUCUUUGAUAGAAGAAGCAUUUCCUGAAACUAGACACUCUUCAUCGCGAAUACAACUAGAGUCACCACAGUCGCCACAACAACAUACAUCACGUUCUUUGAGUCUUGAUCGUCAUUUAUUACGUCUUGGUAAGACUUCACGACAAACAUCGCAAUCACCACCACAAUCCAUUCGUCUAGAUGGUCUACCAUCAUUUUCAUUUGUGGGAACAGCUUCGUCUACCAAAACAUUGAAGAAAAUGCAUGAAUCUCAUAUAGCGACGCGCGAAGAAAAGUGGAUUAAACAUUUAUCAAAAGGCGACGAACGAGUGAAUAUUGAAGAUGUGCGGUUUAAAACAUUUCUACCAGAUCCAAAAAUUGUUGAUGAUAUAAAUAACAUCGAUUUGCACAAAGCAAGUAAAUAUGCGCUGGAACAUCGAGCAUUGGGACAAGAUGGCCAUCCAGUUGUAUCACUUUAUCAUGGUGACAUAUUAGCAACGUAUAAAGGUGGCGCUAGAGUCGUAUUUACUAGUGUUGACACCGUUCAAACAGAAAACUUGCUACAAAUUACUCAGACCGUGGAGUAA